UGUGCAUGCAGCACAGUUUGUGUGCUUACAACUUGUGGACGGUUUCCAGUGUGGAGCUAUUGAAGAGAAAGCCGUGGGACCAUCCCAUCUCAUGGGACAUUCGGAAUGGGACCACAAGCGAGGACUAAGGGGGCCCCAGUCUUCAGGAACCAGUAUCACUGUGGAUAUUGCUGUGAUGGGCGAGGCCCACGGCCUCAUUACUGACCUCCUGGCAGACCCCUCUCUGCCACCGAAUGUGUGCACAUCGUUGAGGGCCGUGAGCAACCUUCUCAGCACACAGCUCACCUUCCAGGCCGUUCACAAGCCCAGAGUGAAUCCAGCCGUUUCCUUCAGUGAAAACUAUACUUGUUCUGACUCCGAAGAGAGCUCCGAGAAAGACAAGCUGGCUAUUGCCAAGCGCCUGAGAAGGAGUUUGCCCCCUGGCUUGUUGAGACGAGUUUCAUCAACUUGGACAACUACCACCUCUGCAACAGGUCUACCCACCUUGGAGCCUGCACCAGUAAGGAGGGACCGUAGUGCCAGCAUCAAACUGCAUGAAGCACCUUCAGUCAGUGCCGUUACUCCUGACUCUUGGAACAGCCCAGCGAUGAUGACCCUCACCAAAAGCAGGUCCUUUACUUCAUCGUACACUGUGUCGGCAGCGAACCACGUGAAGGUGAAGAAGCAGAAUCGACCAGGUGACUUAAGUACAAUUUCACCUCUCUCCUCCCCUUGCUCCUCACCUCUCCAAGGGACUCCUGCCGGCAGCCCCAUCAGCAAAGUUUCUACAGUGCAGUUUCCAGAACCUGCUGACACACCUGCCCGACAAGGCCCGGGUUCCCACAAGCCCUUAACGUGCACGCAGAGCGCCCCCGACCUUUCUCCCCAGAGCCUGGCUGCACCUGUGAUAUGUAGCAGCUGUGGCCGACCUUACUCCCAGGGAAUUCCUGCUGACAGGCCCCUGGACAGAAGCGGCCCAGCCCCUCGGAUGCCGAGCAGAGCAGAUGACGCUGCUCAAGUUACCUCUGAUUACGAAACCAACAACAACAGCGACAGCAGUGACAUCGUCCAGAAUGAAGAUGAGGCCGAGUGCCCCAGCCAGCCGCUGAGGAACGUGUCUGCCUGUCGCACCUUCCCUCCCGAGACCUUGAUGUUCGUGGAUAAGCCAAUUCUUGCUCCUGAACCUCUUGUCAUGGAUAACCUGGACUCAAUCAUGGAGCAACUAAAUACUUGGAAUUUUCCAAUUUUUGAUUUAGUGGAAAACAUUGGAAGAAAAUGUGGCCGUAUUCUUAGUCAGGUGUCCUACAGACUUUUUGAAGACAUGGGUCUCUUUGAAGCCUUUAAAAUUCCUGUUCGGGAAUUUAUGAAUUAUUUUCAUGCUUUGGAGAUCGGAUAUAGGGAUAUUCCUUAUCACAACAGAGUUCACGCCACUGACGUCCUGCAUGCUGUUUGGUAUCUUACAACACAGCCCAUCCCGGGCCUCUCCACUGUCGUCAGCGACCAUGGAUCAGCAAGUGACUCAGAUUCUGACAGUGGAUUCACGCAUGGACAUAUGGGAUAUGUAUUCUCAAAAAUGUAUACUGUGCCUGAUGACAGAUACGGCUGCCUCUCUGGGAAUAUCCCUGCCUUGGAACUGAUGGCUCUGUACGUGGCUGCGGCCAUGCAUGACUACGACCACCCGGGAAGAACGAACGCCUUCCUGGUCGCCACCAGUGCGCCUCAGGCAGUGCUAUAUAAUGAUCGCUCGGUUUUGGAAAAUCAUCAUGCAGCUGCUGCGUGGAAUCUUUUCAUGUCCCGGCCAGAAUACAACUUUUUAGUUAACCUUGACCACGUGGAAUUUAAGCACUUCCGUUUCCUUGUCAUCGAAGCAAUAUUGGCCACUGACCUGAAGAAACACUUUGACUUCGUAGCCAAGUUUAAUGCCAAGGUAAAUGAUGAAGUUGGAAUAGAUUGGACCAAUGAAAACGAUCGCCUACUGGUUUGUCAAAUGUGUAUAAAGUUGGCAGAUAUUAAUGGACCAGCUAAAUGUAAAGAAUUGCAUCUUCAAUGGACAGAAGGCAUUGUUAAUGAAUUUUAUGAACAGGGUGAUGAAGAGGCCAGCCUUGGUCUGCCCAUUAGCCCCUUCAUGGACCGCUCUGCCCCUCAGUUGGCUAAUCUACAGGAAUCCUUCAUCUCUCACAUUGUGGGUCCCUUGUGCCACUCCUAUGACUCAGCAGGGCUGAUGCCAGGAAAAUGGGUGGAAGACAGUGAUGAGUCAGGAGAUACUGAUGACCCAGAAGAGGAGGAGGAGGGGGAAGAAGAGGCAGAGGCACCCAACGAGGAAGAAACCUGUGAAAAUGAAUCUCCAACAGUGGAGUUAGCAUUAUCGCUAAAGGCAGGACCAUUCUACUGCUGCCUGGUGUUAAAAGGUGUUGUUUUCAGCUCAAGCUCUGUGAAAGAAAGCUUUCAAAAGGAGGAAAAUCUACUGCCAAAUAACUCAGCACCUACUGCAGAACCACAAGAUGUGGAAGAAAGUCAUUGAAGAUGAACAGCGAUUGGCGGGCAUAGAAAAUCAGUCUGUGGAGCAGACCCUUCCACAGCCAUCCUCGGAAAAGAUCCAGGCUAUUGAGGAAGAAGAGGAAGAAAAGGGGAAGCCAAGAGCCGAGGAGAUCCCAGCCCCACAGCCCAACCAGUGACAAUGGACAGAUGAGUUGUGUUCCCAAACACAUUGACUUGCCACAGACUCUUUUCAAGCCAGCAUAACACUUAGACACAACACUGUAGAAAUAUGAGAUGAUGGUCAAAUGGCUCUUGCAUUUGAGGACUCUGUGUGUUUUCUGUGUUGUUUUUAUGGUGAGGUACAUUGUUUAAAACUCUUGCUCAAGGAAGCUUUCACAUUGCAACACCAGCUUCUAAGGAUAUUUUUAAAGAAGGAAAUAUAUACAUCUGUGUGUGUGUGUGUGUGUGUGUGUGUGUGUGUGUGUACACAAGCUCCCACGUAGACACACAUAAGAAAAAUACACAUAUGUGCACACGGACACAUGCACACACUACACUGAAAGCCAGGAUUGCUGGCUCCACAACACAGUAACAUUAAUAUUUAUAUAGUGGUCACUGUGAUAUAUUAAAUCAUAGAAGAAAACCUGUCGCAAAGGAAGUGUGGGAGGCCUAGCAAGGAAGCAGUGCAACCAACAUAACCUACCAGCUAAGCAGCUCUUGCUCUUAGCACUGAGGGCUGAAAGUUCCAGAGCGUUAUUUGAAUUGAGGUACAUCGUGCCAACACUGUACAUAUGCAUGGGCAGGAGAGAGUCUCAAGAUUUGAGUAGUUCGGAGAGAAAACUAUAGCAGUUGACUUAGUACCAUGUGAACAAGUGGAAGAUGUUCCCUCUGGAAGGUCUUUGAGAGACAACCAUUCCAAAU